AUGGAAUGCGAGUAUGCUGAGGCUGUAGCGAACUCUCCUUGGUUAGUGAAACCGGUUUCAAAGAGAAAGUGGUCAACAAAAGAGGACCUUGUGCUCAUCAGUGGUUGGCUGAACACGAGCAAGGACCCUAUUGUCAGUAACGAGCAGAAGGUUACUUCCUUUUGGAAGAGAAUUGAGGCGUAUGUUAAUUGUAGCCCUCUGCUCACUGGCUGCGUUCUUAGAGAAUGGAGUCAGUGUAAGCAGAGGUGGGGAAGGGUGAACGAGCAGGUCUGCAAGUUUGUGGAAAGUUAUAAAGCGGCAAUAAAGCACCAAUCAAGUGGUCAAAAUGAGGAUGAUGUCAUGAAGGCUGCUCAUGAGAUCUUCUUCAAUGAUUAUCAAGCGAAGUUCACCAUGGAACACUGUUGGAGGGAACUGAGACAUGAUCAGAAGUGGAAGUCAGUUUUUAAGUCAAGAGAUGGCGCCAAGGAGAAAAGGAAGGAAGCUGAGGAGGUGAUACCUGAGGACGAGGUUAGACCGCCUGGUGUUAAGGCUUACAAAGCAGCCAAACAAGAGACACGGUCAUGA